GGCAACUUGUUCAGAAAGGCUUCGGCGACCGUGGUAUACGCGCUCCUUGACUUAUAUCAACGAAAGCAUGUGCAGGCGAUACUAAAAAUCUAGAUUCGUGUUCGGUAUUUGGCCUUAAUUGAAGUGAUAAAAGUGAAAAUCGCGAAGAGAACUACGCGAUAAAGUGUGAUAAAACAAAUAAUACCGUUGGUGCGUGCUCCACGUUCGGAUAGUGUUUUUUAUUUUAUGUGGAUGACAAAACAUUCGCGCUAACGUAGCAAUGAUCAACAUUAGAAGUGAUUAACUUACCUACAAAAUCCAAGUUCCGAGAGGAAUACCAAAAGAGGGUUUUAAUGACAUUUUUGUUUCGUAGAAAUGAAGUUUUCGAUAAAUAAACUAGGCGUGAGUUUGAUUGGAUUAAACAUCACGGUGAUCUACGCCUCCGUUUUGAUUUUGUUAUGCGCGUUUACAUGUACGGCACACGUAGCCCUAACUUUUCCGCCUGCCAGAAAAUAUGAUUUGGAUUUUUUGGAUAACUCCAGGACCAAAGCACCAUGUGGCAUGCCCAGUGGUGAUAUACGGACAUCUCUGUUGGCUGGGAGUAAAUUCAAUGUGACGUGGCACUUGGGUUACCCUCAUAAGGGUGGUUUUAAAAUCCAGCUCUUAGAUGAAUUGGAAAGGCCAGUAUUGGAACUUACACCUAGCAUCCAGGGUACCGAGUUCAUUUCCAAUGAUGCAACUGCCCAAAGCUUUCAAGUUCAAUUGCCAGCUGAGUUCACUUGUACAAAUUGCACCUUACGAUUGAUUCGGCAAGCAUUGGAGUGGGGCUCCAACUACAGAUUUUGGUCUUGCGCGGAUGUAGAUAUAAAAGCAAGGAAAAACUUCAAAGAAUCUUGUAGCGGUCAUGGACGAUAUUUACUUGGUAAAUGCAAAUGCGACAGACUAUACUACGGACCGGUAUGUCAAUUCAGAGACGAAUGUUUAGAAGGCAGCGACUGCGGAGAUCACGGCGUGUGUGUCGAUAUAGAGGCGACUACGUCACCAAGAAAGCAGUGCUACUGCCAAAUUGGAUGGUUUGGACCGGGCUGUAUUAAAAGAUCUCCCGUAAAAACAUCGGAGAUAGAUUUCGACUUGUAUACGAAAAUGCAACUGAGCGAAACGUUUACUCUGCAUUGGCGCAUUCUGAAGGAGCAUAAAGAAAUUGAGGCAAUUAUGGUGGUAAACGGAACAAGUUAUGCAGCCCUUGGAUGGCGACCAAAAAGUCUGACCAAGAGUUGCAAAAAUUUUCCGCAGAUUGGACCCGUUGUUACCAAAGUUGAUUCUUCGGAAUCAAAAGUUGAGCCACAAAGUGAACCUGAACCAACCUCAGAACCACAUGCUGAGCCUUCCGGUGGCCGAGAAGAGGUUAAGUCAGAACCAGAACCGGAGCCAAGUUCAGAGCCUGAACCAAUUUCCGAACCUGAACCCAAGUCGGAACCAGAACCUUCAGUAGGGUCAAACCCUCAGAAACGAAAGUCUGUACAAAACAGGCGUUCAGCUUCACCCAAUCCGGUGCUGAAAGAUGAACUUGAAGGUGUAGAUAGAGUAGAAACUAGCGUCUCAUUUCAAGUUAGCAAGAGACAGGGUAGAAACAAGAGGCAAAUCGAAAUAGAAUCAGGCACAGAAUCUGCCUCUACGUCGGAACCUGAUUCGGAAUCGGAACCCACGCCGCAAUCUACAUUUAGGCGCACAACAGAAACUAGUUCCGUGCCAAAUUUAGAACCGCAAUUCACUAGAGAACCUACUUCAGAACCUGAACCUAAAUCCGAGCCCAUUGCAGAACCCGAGCCUAGCUCAGAGCCUGAACCUGCAUCCGAACCAGAACCUAAAUCCGAACCUGAAACUAAUUCCGAACCCGAACCAGAACCAACUUCAGCAACGGCACGGAAUUCCGAACCAGAACCCAAUGCAAGAUCCGAACCUACGUCUGAGCCUAACUCAAAAGCCGAGCCUGAACCUCGGAAUGCAAAACUUGAUCCUAAAACCUACGCUACUUUAGAAGUUGCACCGAAAACGAUUAACGAAGAAAUUUUAAAUCCGUAUACUCCAAGACAUGAUUUCAACCCUAUGGAUUGUACCGAUAUAGUCAUAGGUUCAGCAAGAGGCACGGCCAGUAGAAUUGCGGAUUACUAUACCCGUGACAGAUCAACACCUCGUAUGGACAGUUAUUGGGGUGGCAAAAACGACUUGACUGCGGUAAUGGGUUUUGAAAAAGAUGGUGUUACUACCAUACUCUUUAGAAAAAAAUUGGAAUCGAAAGAAAUGUCAGAUCACAGCAUUGAAGAAGAUUUUAUGCACGUCAUAUUUGCCCAAGGGCAAGAACCAGGAAACUAUGUGCACGUUCCAAAGUCGGGAAUAGAAAGUGGCCAGGCUUCUACCAAAGAUUUCUACAAAGCCGACGAGCUUAAGUAUCACGGACAUAAAAAUCAAAGAGGAGUUAUCAGUCUUAAUUUCUACGAUGAGAAAAAAGCAAUUGCCCCGGCCGGAGCAGCUGCCACCAGCGACAGCGCUCAAAAUACCCACUGCGGUGGCGAGUGGAAAAUUCCCAAAGGUUGCCGACCUGAAAAUUACACAUGCGAAUAUUCGGCAAAAUGGGAACUGAUUCCCAGAAAAGACGAAAUUAGAUUUACGAUAACGACAAAUCACACCGAUACAUGGACGGGAAUUGCAUUUUCAGAUAAUGAAAAAAUGUCGCAAACCGAUGCUAUAUUAGGGUGGGUGGAUCAAUCUGGUAGGCCCUUCUUAAUGGACACCUGGAUUACCGGCUACACUCAGCCGUCCCUGGAUAGAAGUCAAAAUGUUUAUAAUGCCAGUGGCAAAAUUGUUGAUGGGGUAACUACAUUGUCGUUUUCACGAAAAAGAAUAACAAAAGAUCACAGGGACUUAGAUUUCACAAACGAAAAGUGUCUUUUCAUGAUGUUCCCCGUCAGAGGUGGGGCCUUUAACAGUGUAAAUAAGAAAAUUAGGAAGCACGAACAAGUUCCAAUUGUCAGUACCGAAAGAGUUUGUAUUAAAUCAUGUGGAAAUGAUGAUAUAUACGAAUAUCAAACAACUACUGAAGCUCCCGGUUUGGACUACAACAUUAAAGUAAAGCUUAUUGAAUUGGGCGAAAACUUCGUUGCGCCGAAACACGGGACAAUCGAAUAUGAAGAUUUAUCCAGCAAUAUUGUCAACAACAUCGAACCAGUGUUUAGAAAACUUAAGGGAUAUAGAAGACUAUCCGUGCAAGAAUUGACAGAUGACCAUAAUAACAUAGUGGCACUAAUGAAUCUUCAAUUUUCGCGCGAACCGGACAAGGGGACGUCGUUAGAAAAACAUAUAGAAUAUACCGAAGAAAACGUACAUAAAGUGAUUCAAGACAGCGUCGGAUCGGGGAGAAUUGGCAAUCUAAAAGUCGAUCCCCAAUAUUUGGUAUUUGAACCUCAGAGUUUGACAUCAAACAUCGUGCCAGACUCUUCCACUUCCGACCAAUCGGGCGGUUUCUUCGAUUUAUCAUCCACUAAGUUCUACAUAGUUCUAGGAUGCAUUGGUGCCCUGGUAUUUGUUGCACUAGUCCAAGCGGGAUGUACCGUUUACAGGGCGAUGGGACGUGGCAAUGCCAACAGUCACAAGGACCACCUAAUCCCUAAUUCCGCCUGGAAGGAUUAUUCAGCUAAUACAAACUAUGCAUUUGAUGCUUUUGAGCCCGAAGAAACGAAAAAUCCAGUAAAUGGACACGGCAAUAACGGCAGGGCUCCUGCAACCCGUCCUCGCAGUAAUCCACCAAGACCGCAGGGACGACCACCAAGCGUUCCUCCCCAAGCGCCACCUGGCGAUUCGAGAUCGUUGCAAAGACCGAGGAGCACAAAUUAUGCUCCUCCCACUGACCGGUCGACGUUUUCGUUGCCCAGAACGACCUUCGAUAGGCAUACUGUCGGACCUACGAAGGGGGGUCAAAUGCCCGCCGAUUUUUAUUUUAUGCCUUCGCAGAGGAAAUACUCAGGAGAGGUGGUUAGGGUUUAUGUGGAUUAUAACAAAAAUCAGAGAGACUGAUGUGUGCAAUAGGGUGAGCGUGUAAGACAAUUAACCGGGAAAUAAGAAAUAGGAAAACAAAUCCUAGGAGUAAAUUGUGUUAUUUUGAAUUAAUGUUAUAACCAAAGACGUUAAACCAUACGAGAGACACAAGGAGUCAUUCAUAAAUACCUUGGCUUGACAAUACCUAAUCUAACCACUAACAAAUAUAUAAUAGAUGAAAACGCAACUUAACAAAUAUCAGCGCCGGAUUUUUAAAAAUGUUUUUUUUAUUUUUCACCUUUUCAAUUUGCAGGUUCUUAAGUUAAAUACCUGCACAAGUGAUUCUUCUAAUUUUAAGUUUAACAUUUUUUUUCAAGGGCUAAGAGAAAACUGGAUGGAUAAUAGUGAAACAGAUUUAAAGAAAUAAACAGGUUUCUCCUGUGGUUAAACGUCAAUGAUUGAUUGAUACCAUUGUACAAGUUUAUAAGCAAAUUUUGUGCUGCAAAAUAUACCGUUUUCUUAUUAUACCAUUCCCAAAUAGUACCAUAUAUAUAUAUAUAUAUAUAUAUAUAUAUAUAUAUAUAUAUAUAUAUAUAUAUAUAUAUAUAUAUAUAUAUAUAUAUAUAUAUAUAUAUAUAUAUAAAGACUUAAAACCUCUUUAUUGAUGAAAAAAUGAGAAACUUACUCUCUCAGUUUGAUUUUUUUUUUCUUAAUUUAGUGUCACGUCUAGAGCUGCUGUUGGACGCAGCUUUAAUAGAAAUAAUCUUGCAAAUUGAAGUAAAAAAAUAAGAUCUAUAAAUUAAAUUAAAAAUCAUAUUUACAUCUUUAUCUCACAAAAAUAUCACAGGUUUUCUAGUCCUUAUUACUACCAAUAUUUAUAGAAAUUAGGUCGUUUUUAUGGUCACAAUGGGUAUUAAAUAAAACCGGAAUUAGACAUAACUAGCUUUUUUAAAAAUUCCAAGCAUUUAUUUCCAAAAACUGUUAAAACAGCAGUUACUUGACUUGAGUUACCACAUUAAUAUAACUUUAAAUAUCAAACCAUAAUAUUAAAUAUUAUGUAUGUAUGAGCAUUUCCCUAAGACUGUUUUAUCUUGUUCAAAUGUGUAUUGACAAAAUUUCACGAAAUCACAAAAUAAUUUAUUACGCAAUAGCAUUAAGAGUCACGAAGUAUAAAUAAAAUAAAAAUUAAAUAAUUUUGAUAACCUACAGCUGUAGGCACUGUUGCAUUAAUGUUUUCAAAAAUUGAAGUUCAUAGAACAUUUUUAUAUGUACCGUAGAAUGAGAUAUGUUAAAUACUGUUCUCUCCUCUCCUCUUCAUAAAGUGACACACUUUUUUUUUAAAUUAUAUGUUAUUUUAACUUUUCUUAUAUGUGUUUGUUUUAAAUACAAUUUGCAAACAUUUCAUGCCAAGUCCACAACUCAAUAAUGGAAAAUUAUUUAUUCAUUUAAGGUCUAUAACUACAUGAAUAAAACUCAUAUAUUAUUUAUACUUCUCAGUUUUUCCUUUUAUUCGCCAGAAAUCCUUGUGACUCGCUUAUUGCUGGACUCUAUUAGACUAAUUUACCAUUUAUUUACGUUUAAAUUUUUCGCCUGUGCGAGCUGGUAUAUGUAUGUAGUUAUUAAAAUAAUAAAACAAAUUGUUUUGAACUUACAAAUGACUUAGUCUGUAAAUAUCUAUUUUUUAUUAACACAUGUUGUAAAAUAACUAACUCACCUCUUGAGAUAUAAUAAAGAUAUCACUAAAAAUUUUGAGUUUUAUUACUUUACAAAUGAAGGUAAUAAGCUAGAAACAGCCAUGGAAUAUCUGGUAUAUGAGAUAUAAUAAAUAUAAUACUAAAAAUAUAUUGUUUUAUUAUUUUACAACUUAGCAACUUAACAAGCUAAAUACAACCUUGGUAUAUUUGGUACACAUAAUAAAAUAAAUUAUACUAAACAACUAUAUUUACGCCAGAAAUAAGACAGAAAAACUAUUUGAAUUAAAUUUCAUUACUUGUAAUGAAAUAAAUACAUAAUUGUUAUUUUUAGUGCCAUUUUUACUCUACUUACCACUUAAAAAUUUAAUGUUCUAUAGCCAAUUUUUUGCAAUUGGACAAAAAAUUUUUAAUACGUAGAUAGUAUAAAAAAUUUCAAAAACAGGUUGCUCGAAUUGCUUUUUUUUAUUUCUAUGGGAAGCAUUAGAAUUUCUUUUAGUGCCCGUUUCAAUUUGGAGUUCAGAGGCUCUGUUUCAAAAAACGUAAUUGUGUACUUCAAGUCUAAGCCAUUUUAUCAUAUAAGGAGAUAAAUCAAUAAAGCCGUGUCAUUUUCAUGAACAUAAAUUCGUAAAAUGUUUAAUGAGGUCGGCAUUAUUUAAAAAAUGGGUGGAAAAAAAAUGACAGAUGAUAAUAUCAUAACAUCGUUUAAAAUAAUUUAGCAUCUAAGAGUAAUUGAGAUUAUGAAGGAUUGUUAAAAACCUCUAGCACCUCUAGGAGUAGGUUUAAAAAAUAUUAUUAAAGACUUCCAUAGUUUUCACUUAAAUUCUAUUAAAAUUUUCUUAAUGGAUAAGGUAACCUUUAUGUUAAUCGUAACCUAUAAAAAAAAUCACAAUAGUAAAUCUCAAAAUGUGGCAGGCGUAGCACUGCGUGCCGUCAGAAUUCUCUAAAAAACUCUGACAAGACCAAGAAGAAAUAUAAUGUGGUUUUUUAUCCAUUGGCUCUUAUUAAACU